AUGUCUCUCCCCAAGAAGACCGAUGCCUGGAUCAUCCUCAGCACCAAGGAUUCGGGUGAUUUUAGCAACAUGAAACUCGAAAAGGACAGGCCACUCCCACCGCUGGGAGACCACGACUGUCUGGUACAGAUCCAGGCCGUUUCACUGAACUACCGAGACCUAAUUAUACCAAAGGGCUUGUAUCCACUCCCGCAGAAUGUCCCGGUUGUUGCAUGCUCGGACGGCGCUGGUCGUGUUCUGGCCGUCGGACCCAAAGUGACCCAAUUCCAAAAGGACGACAACGUAGCCACAGUGUUCAUACAAGCACAUCAAGCCGGUCCAGUCACGGAGGAGUAUAUGCAAACCACCCUCGGCGGAUCCGUUGACGGCACACUGACCCACUAUGCUGUUUUCCCGGAGUCGGGUCUCGUCCCGGCCCCGUCGAACCUGACACCGACAGAGACCAGCACAUUGAGCUGCGCGCCACUCACAGCGUGGAAUGCCCUGUACGGUCUCGAGUCCAAGGCGUUGCAGCCAGGCCAAGUGGUGCUGACACAGGGAACGGGCGGCGUGUCUCUUUCAGCCAUCCAGUUCGCCAAAGCGGCCGGUGCGACCGUCAUUGCGACGACGUCGUCGGCGGACAAGGCCAAGCGUCUCAAACAGCUCGGCGCUGACAUCGUGAUCAACUACAAGGAAGAUCCGAACUGGGGUGAGACGGCCAAGAGACUGUCUCCAGGGAAGGCAGGCGUCGACUUUGUCAUCGAGGUCGGCGGCUCCGGCACCAUCCAACAGUCCCUCAAGGCUGUCAAGCUGGAAGGCACCAUCGCCGUGAUCGGGUUCCUCGGCGGUGCCAAGUCCCCGGACGAUCCAAGCCCUCUGGCGGCGCUGUCGGCAGGCUGCAUCAUCCGCGGUAUUCUUAUCGGAUCCAGGCUUCAGAUGAACGCCAUGAACAGAGCCAUUGAAGCGAACAACAUCCAUCCCAUCGUGGACCCAAAGACCUUUUCGUUUGAAAACGCCCUUGACGCCUACGAGUACCAGUGGCAGCAGAAGCAUUUUGGAAAAGUCGUCAUUCAGCUACCUGGAGCAGGAGCGUGA